AAAAUACUCAAAGAUUUGUUAUUUUAGAGGGGAAAAAACUCACAAUGGUAUUGUGGAUUUUUAAUUCAGCAUUUAUGUUCCUUGGUAUAGGUAACCUAAGCUCAAAAUGAUUUCGUUGAUCAAUGCUUUACAUUAAGCCAUCAUUAAAAAAAAAAAGUCACUUAAGAUAAUCAUUGGGGUGAAUAAACUAAAUAUCUCGUGAUCUUUGGCAGCAGAUUAGAUGUUAAAAGAAAAGAAGCAGAAACUGAGCACCAGGAUAAUUAUUCCAUCACCCAGCUUGAUAAUCUUGUUAGGCACUGAGUCACAUGCCUACACCUUAAGGCAACCAGUGGAUAAUUAUUAAGUCUAUUUGAGUUCACCAUUUUCCCAGGUGAACUGAAUUUAGGAUGGGGAUAAUAGAGAAGGCGGAAAGCUUCUCUGAGUGCAACCAGUUGGCUCAGCUUCAUGGAAUAGGAACCUUCUUUAAGACAAUGUUAUUUUAGAAGCUUGCCUUUUGGGGAGUAUUAACAAAGCUGGAUAAAAAUAAUUGAGACUUUAAAGAGACUAGAUAAGGUGUUGUAAUUCCUCAGAAAGUCUCUCAGCAGAAGCUCAGUGAGAUCAAGAAUGUCAUUGAAAUCCCCCAAGGCUUAUUCUUCACUGCAGAAAGGGGCAGUCAUCUGGGAUCCAAAACCACUGCAAGUGAAGAAAAUUUUUGAAGCUUUGAAGAAAGGACUUAACGAGUAUCUAGAAGCACAUCAGGCUGAGUUGGAUUAUCUCUCUGAUCGACACAAAGAUACAAAAAGGAACUCCAGAUUGGCCUUCUACUAUGACCUUGAUAAGCAAAUUCGCUCUGUGGAGAGAUACAUUAGAAAACUGGAGUUCCACAUAAGCAAAGUAGAAGAACUCUAUGAAGCUUAUUGUAUCCAGUGCAGACUACGAGAUGGCGCCACUAAUAUGAAACAUGCCUUUUCCUUGUCUCCUUCCACCAAAGCCUCCAGGGAGAGCCUAGUGGAGCUCUAUAAGAACUUUCAGGAGUGUACAGAGGACAUGUGUUUCAUAGAAGGGGCGUUAGAGGUCCAUUUAGGAGAGUUUCACUUGAAGAUGAAAGGCUUGGUGGGAUUUGCACGUCUCUGCCCAGGUGACCAGUAUGAGGUUUCUGUGCGACUGGGGCGCCAAAAAUGGAGGUUGAAAGGCAAGAUCGAGACUGAUGACAGCCAAACAUGGGAUGAAGAAGAAAAGAUCUUUAUACCCAAUCUCCAUGAGCCGUUUGAAAUCAAGCAGGUGACAGAACUGCGAGGACUAGCCACAGUUCUAGUUGGUGUCGUGACAUGUGACAGCAUAAACUUCUUUACAACCAAGCCUCAAGCAAUCAUUGUGGAUAUAACUGAACUGGGUACUAUCAAGCUACAGUUGGAAGUCCUCUGGAACCCCUUUGAUGCAGAGAACCUGUUCUUGUCUCCUGGAACCACUGCCAAGUUUUCUGUGGGUAGCAGGAAGAGCUCUUUAUACAACUGGACCCCUCCAAAUACUCCCAGCUUCAGAGAAAAGUACUACCCGUCUGUUUUGCAACAAAGACAGAACCAAGGAGAUGUAAGUGGUGAAGCUCAGCCUCCUAGCAUAUUGAGUUACUUGGCUGCCUGUGAUUUUGGUAUACAUGAGAGGAGUAAACGUCACAGUCCUGCAGAGACAAGUGAAGGAGACUCAUUCAGCUCUGAGGAUCAGAGAGGGACAGAAUCCAGAAUUACACUUCCAGCUCUGGACCAUAGAACAUUGCCAUUGGUGAUUAUUCAAGAGACUUGUGCAGAAGAGCAACAUCCUCUUCCAAAUCAUGCAACUCUAGAUAUUCUGAAGAAGACUCCAUGUGUGGACACAUUUUCAAGUAACCCAUGUAGUUUUCUGAGUCGUGGAAAAGACGGUAGAAGUUUAAACCAGACCAGAAAUCGCCAUCUCACAGAACAAGAAAGUACUAGCCAGAAAAGCUUGAAUGAUGCAAAUGAUGUAAAACUGGAUGGAUGUACAAAGUCAAUUGACAAGACUCUCCAAGAAGUGUUAAAUUUGCUAAAAUUCCAUAGUGUUGGUCAAGCCCAGCUGGAGAAAUUGGAAUACCAAGUUUUAACUCUGAGGGAUAAAUUAAAGCUAAGGACACUUCAUCACAAACAUUCAUCUGUGGAAAGUUUAAUGGUGGAGACGGUGCUGGAAAGUUUUAACUUUUUAAAUGCUGACUGCAGUGCUGAUGAGGUUUCGUUAUUUGGAAGCGUAAGAACAGCCAGUAUCAGCACAUACAAUGACAACAUGUUUCAGUCCUUGAGUUGUGAUAUGAAAACAGAAACAAGAGAUGUAACUACUGGUGAUGACAACUUAGAUGUACUUUUAAUAACUCAUCUGAAGCUGUGCAAAGCUCUUUUACAGAAACUGAGGUCACCAAAUGUAGCCCAGAUUGUCCAAGAGAAUGUUUUGGAAGAAGUGUCAGAGCAGUUGCAAGUCCUGGGGGAUGUCUUGGAUAUGUCUGUUGAAGAAAUUAUUCAGAAGACUAAGAAGAAGAAGCAGUAUCUGAAAAUCUGGAGUGAUGUUGCAGAACCUGGCAGUAUCUUCUUUGCUUCAGCAGAAAGAUUCCGUCACGUACUGAAGUACACGUUGGCGCUCAAAGUGAAGGAAAAGUACCCUGGCCAAUUAGAAGCAGUUUUGCGAAGAUUGCUAGAGCAGAUCGUCACUUGUGAUGGCUUGCUGCCUUCUCCAUAUCUCCAAACAGAACCAGUUACUUUAUUCCAAUUUUAUAGCUACCUGGAGAAACACCAGAUUACCAGCCUGGAAAAACAUGUAGGAAGACUUGCUAAAGAAGUGAUGCUAAUUGAGGAACUACAGUGCCCUGGACGGCUGAAGACCCUUAAAAAAUUGAAAGGGAAGCGUCUGAAUCGGCUCCAGCCUCUACCGCAGACUUUGCGGCUACUUGGGAUUUUACAGCUUGAUGACAACCACCGCGUCAGCAAAGCAGCCACAUCCUGCCUCUCCCGUGCAGCAGCAAACAAGAACUUUAGGGAAAAGGCUCUCCUUUUUUACACUGAUGUUUUAGUUGGCUGUGAUACAAGACUUCAGCAAGCUGCGUGUUUGGCCCUUAAAAAUCUCAGAGGCAUAGAGAGUAUUGAGCAGGUUGCCCACCUGUGCCAAUCUGAAACAGAGGAUGUAAGGAAUGCAGCCAGGGAAACAACGCUGUCCUUUGGUGAAAAGGGACGACAAGCCUUUGAGAAAAUGGACAGGAUUUGCUGUGAAUUAAGGGAUGCUGUGCAGCAGGAGGCUGAAAUUGAGAUCACAGUAUUCUAGUAGUGGAGUAUAAGGAGCUAAGUCAUACUGUCCUCACAGCCACUUAUGGGUACCCGGGGGAAUAGUUUUAUUGUUUAUCAGCAUCUUUACUUACACUCUGCUAUGUACAUGGUGCCUACCGACACUAGUGUUGUUUCCAAAGUGGACACAGUUUGCAAUCUAAAUCAAAUAGACUGGAAUCUACUUUUUUUUUUUUCUUUUCACUUUCAGUAUUGAUAAUCUGAAAUGCUGAAGAGAAAAACAAACUGGGGUUUGUAAGAAUGUCAAAUCAGUCUGCAGUGUGAGUGAAGCCUACAUCACAGAACUGGCUGCCCCCGCACAAACUCAGUUGUGUACCAUCUGUUCUGUUUGCAUUUCUGUAAGGAAUGAAACGAUGGUGUUCCAAUAGUCCAUCUAGAACCUUGCUGACAGCCAGUUGUUUACAUCAGCUGCCAUGUGAAUUAGAAAAUCUAGCAGCAUUGCUUGGUUUCUUUUUUUUUUAAUAGAAUUUUGUUGCAGAAGGAACAAUGGCUUGUUGUUUCAAAAGCUGUUUUUUUUUCUUUUUUUUUUCUUUUUUUUGGAAAGCAGUGCAUCAUAGGACAGGCUUGAGCAAGGAUUGGCAAGGACAAAUAGUGUAUAUCCUCUGCAGUUUACAAGGGGAAGUUAUUUAUCAUAUUAGCAAUGUACAAAUCAGUUUGUCAUAUCAACAGAGCUGUGUAAGCUUUUUAGGAAAAAAAGCAUUUUAUUCCUUUAGUCAUAGGUCAAGAUUUGUAUAAUCACAUGCCCACUGCCAGGCUCCUUACUCUCCGCUUAGUGUAGGAGAGGGUGGUAACCAUGACGUGAAGUCUGGCUUCAGGUAAAAUACUUGAAAAGGCCUUUGUGUAUAUAUUUAUAUAUAAUACUUUUUCUAUUCAGUAUUUAUUUGUUGGAUUUCAUACUUUCUGGACUUCAAAUAAAACUUUUGAGACAAAUCUUGCACUCCUUCACAUGGUGUAUGGGCAGAAUGAUGGGGAGAGGUGCAUCUGAACCGCAGUUAAGGUUCUGCAUACCAAGUCAGGAAGUGUGUCCAGUACCCAGGCCAUUCACUUUGUCCCUAUCUGCUCUGCCAGCUUCAGGCUCGUACAGUCCAAGCAGGCCGGGCUGCUGUGCUGUCAUUAUUGCCCUUGGAAUGUGCAGCAUCCUGAAACCCCGCAGCUCUUCAGUCCUGAGCUCUGAACUGCGGUGCUCAGGUCAUGCUGUUGCAUAGCAAGCUUCAACCACACUUAGAGGCGGUCGCUCAUAGAUUUUGUAACUCUCCUUUUAAUGUAUGUAACUCCGCUUUUCAUUUAUAGAUUUAUUUCCAAGCACGGGACAGGCGUUCCCUGCCUCGCUAAGUUCCCUGCAGCCCCGGCAGCUGCCGCCCACUCUUCUCUUCCCCUUGGCUGGAAGGGGCGGUGAGAGGGGCGGGCGGGGAGCUGCGGGCGGGCUCUGAGUGCAGCGCAGCCUCAGCUGCUUCAGCGCCGCUUUGUGGAACUACUGAAAAUUCUCUUUUCGCUCACUUCUCCAUUUGUAGCCUUCUUAAAAAUCUAAACAAAAAGGUAAUUACGUUAAUUCAAACAGCAUGGAAGUGCUGCGAUCCUGUAGUCCUUCCCUGGCUAAAGCGCAACAGAAACUCUUGCACAAACUUGUAACGGACUCACUGUGUUGUAUGUAUUACACCAAUUACUGAUCCAGCAUGCUUCAGGGUCGGAGGCGAGGAUAAACGUGGCAGGGAGAGGCGCAGAACGGAACGGGGCACUCCUCUUCCUGGAGCUCUGACCUAUAAGUGAGCUCUGACAGUAACACUUCAACCCUUUCCAGGAAGAGAAAUAAACAGUGUUCAGUGCAGAUUUGCAAGUAAUUCAAAGCAGGCACUGGCAGCUCUGAGGAAACACACAGUGAUGGGACUCAGGUACGUUCUUUAAAAAAAGAAUUUUAUUGUUACAACUAAAAUGGCAACUGAAAACUUGUAUGGGAAAUUGAGAAAACUGUACAAUUUUACUAUAACUUCUGAGGUCUUUGCAGUGACUUACACAAAAGACAAAAUACCUGAAAAUGUGUUAUACCAAAACAUUUAACUUUUUUGGUUUUUAUUUUUUUAAAAAAGUUUAUUCUAUGGUGAUCUGUAAAAAAAGAAAGACCUGAUGCGUAAAUAUUUGCUUAAGGCAGAUAGCAGAGCAGCUCACUAACUUUCUAACAAGUUUAACAUGGAUAUUUGUCCAUUUUCCAAGAACAGGUUAACCAAUACACCCACUUUGAAAUGCUACUGUAUAUACACACCGAAACUACUACGUACACAUACAGGACACCAAAACAAAAAUGUUUACAGUUCAGUAUUAUAAGCCCUAUCCACACCUCACUGGGACAGCAUAAGUUCUCCUGAAUUUGGAACGGGUGACAGAAACAAGAAAAAUACACAGGCAGAAAAGAGGGUGUUAGAACUUCCUCUGCAGGAACUUUCUCAUACUGCUGUAAUUUGUAAGCAUGGUGCAACUGAAUUAUGCUGGAUUCAAAGGGAGGAUGCUUUACUUCCCUCUCCAGGCUAAAGUUCUAAACAUCCCUUCUUGGGAACAGUACAGUUUGUUUUGUUUGGCUUUUUUUUUUUUGAGGAGAAUCACAUCACUUAAGAACCUGUGUCUUUGCAGACCAAAGCAACUAUGGCAGUCUUGCAAAAAAAGGUUCUUCUUUGUCCUCCAGUGCAGCUCUGAAGGCAGCACAGCAAGUCACCCCGAAGUCACCAACUCCUGCUUGCCACCCAUAAGCAGAUGUGAGGUGUGAAUACAGCUUACUACGCACUCUGGAAUGUCUGUACUAUACUCACUCAGCUGAAAUGAACCAUGCUAACAACCAGGUUACGCUGAAUACGCAGAAAUUUAAUAGGAAGUCAUGCCAAGUAUCAGGCGAGUACAUGUUAUCUGAUAAACACCAAGUCCAUCUAUCGCUGAACGAAGAUGCUUUCAGCAGCACCCUUUGAACCACAGCCACUUAAUGAUCAGUUCAUGCAAAUAUAAUUUGGGCACAUCAGUAAGCAGAAAUAGAACUUCUUUGACCUUUCAAGCACAUGGUAUUUAAUCAGGACACUAGAAGACUUUACAUGCAUUCUAAUACAAAUGAUGUAUAAAUGUUGCUGUAGAACAACGUUCUACCAGACGAUGGAGAGAACAGUGGAGAGAAAGCAAUCGCACACUGUAUCUUAAAUACACAGAUGAGCCGUUACAUAUUACCAUUUUUCUAUACUCAUUUUUCACGAUUCCAGUAAUACCACUAGAUAUUGACUGGUUACAGCAUUCCUCCUUUCCAGUACUGGAAAGUACAGACUGUUGGUCUGACCAGCAGUCUCACAGGUGAAGUAUCCAUUCCCAGUACUACCUGAGGAUUUAGUAUUGUACUUGUGAAAAGCCCUUGAUGCAAGCUUAACAAAAGACAGAAAAGAAACAGCUCCCCUUCUCCCCACUUCACCUCCUUAUUCACUGAAGGAAAAGAGCUGCACCUACGGACAGCUUUGCAAAAAUAAAACGUGGAGCGGAAAGAGACUUUAAGAUACUCUAUAGUGAUGUUUGCACUGAGAAUGGUGGUUAAGUGCCAUAAAGCAUUUAAAAACAAAAGAACUGAUUAGCAACGUUGUUGCACAUCAGCCAACAUGGUUUAGUUUCAUUCACCACACCUUUUAGCAGUGAAUUUAACUCUUCUGUUCCAUGACAUCAGCAAAUAAUUCUUUCCUAUUAUUCUUUAAGUUGUAAUAAUUUGGUACUAAUGUGAGGAGCAGCAUUGACUAAAAGUGCUGCUCAGUGCAAUGCAAGCUUCCAGUCACAAUUCUACCAAUGCACCCAAAUCCUUAUUUGCAAGCACUCAGAUUAUUCAAGUGCUGGGCUCCAGCUGAGCAAACCCCUGACACAGCACGGCACAGAACAAAACCACCCAUCUCUUAGCUUACUGAGGACAGCAACAUCCAUGUCUGCAGAGGUGCCAGGCUUAUCCACACACACCUCUGUCCUACAGUCACCCAACAGCUUAUCUUCAGGCCAAACUACACCAGUAUUUUAAAUCUUUGCUUUAAAAUAAGCAAAACACACAAAUGCUUGCAUCAACAGCCAGCUGAUACAUUCUGAGACCAACAUGUCUUCUGUUGAACUUUCUAUGUCUUAAGGAAGCUGCCACAGGAUUGAGGCUCUGGUUUUCCUGACGUGCUUUCCUGCUUUUACCUGCAGUGUCUCUGAGUACACGACCUCCUGGCCGUGGCACAAAGCACUGUUACGCAGAUAUAGACUGAAACUGCAUUUCAAAUGACGAGGUUUAUGAACUGGUCCUUCUGAAUGCCAACUGAACAGCUUCAAAAUGCUGGUGGACAUGUUUUGGUUGAAUUUUCUUUCCUGUUUCUUUCCCUCCCCUCAAUUUUUCCUAACCCAGAAUACAAAUGUAAAAACAGCUUUACAAAGGAUGGUGCAAUGUAAAUAGGUAUAUGUGCAAGUAGAGCGCAACAAAAGUCAAUGAGAAGAUACAUUUCUUUAAAAAAAAAAAAGAAAAGAAAAAGAAAAAAAGAGCUGGACAUGUUGGCAUACCCUGAGCAAAUGCAGAAGCCUGUUUCUAUAAACAACGUAAAACAAUAAGCUCUUUCAGAAAAGUUUUGCCAAGAUUAAAUACAUCAAUACCACAGGCACUGCCCACAACUCACUCAGUCUUUAACAGAUGAAGCAAGUAAAAAAUAAAAUCAAACCAAACAAAAAACCCACCCAAUCAUAGCUGCCCCCUACCCCUUCCAAAAGGUUUACAUUCUUCAUGUAUGUGGGUUUAUUUUUCUUUUUUUUGGGGGGGAACUCAAUGAUGUAAGUGAUGCAUUUGGUAACAACACUUGGAGAGUACAAGCAAGUUUCGCUUGUGCCUAGCUUUUCUGAAACACAAAAGAAAAAGAACUGGCUUUUUAAAAAAGGCUAAAAACAACAAUGUGUUGUAAUUCUAUUAUUUAGUUUAAAAAAAAAAAAAGGAAAAAAAAAGAAAAACAGACUAUUUGGCAUUUUCUCUGCUUACUCCUGAAUAUUUUAAGGCCCUGAGAUUAGAAUAUCAUGUUCUUGGGACCACAGGGCUAGAUAAAACCCUAGUGCAUCAAUUCUCUCUUUAAGCCCUAACCAAAGUUCUGGCCUUUCAACUUAAGAUCUAUCUCUGCUGAGAUAAGGCUCACGUGCCUCAAGAAGCUUUCUU